GGGGCCAGAGCAGAAGCGGUCCUCGCUGAACCCAGCUUUUGCCUGGGCUCCCACUUCUUCUUUGCAUCUGGGCCUUGGCCCAGGAGCCACGACGGGCGACACGGAGCCGCCAGUGCUAGAGGGGGAGCCAUGGGUGCGGGGCAGCGUGGGGGCAGAGGCCCCGGGACGCCCGCCUGGCCCCAGGCCCCGCUCCGCCCGGGCACCCCCACGGGUGCCCCCCCCUUCCUGGUCUGAGCAGUGCGAGUGUGCUCGGGAGCCUGGCGGCAGCAGCGGCAUAGAAACUGGCGUGGGCUGGGGGGUCCGAGCCGCGGGGGGCAGUGCCAUGCACAAGCACCAGCACUGCUGUAAGUGCCCCGAGUGCUAUGAGGUGACCCGCCUGGCCGCCCUGCGGCGCCUCGAGCCUCCUGGCUAUGGGGACUGGCAGGUGCCGGACCCCUACGGGCCAAGUGGGGGCAACGGGGCCAGCUCCAGUUAUGGGGGCUAUAGCUCGCAGACCCUGCCUUCUCAAGCAGGGGCGACCCCCACCCCUCGCACCAAGGCCAAGCUCAUCCCCACAGGCCGGGAUGUGGGGCCAGUGCCCCCUAAGCCGGUCCCAGGCAAGAGCACCCCCAAACUCAACGGCAGUGGUCCCAGCUGGUGGCCUGAGUGCACCUGUACCAACCGGGACUGGUAUGAGCAGGCCAGCCCUGCACCCCUCCUAGUGAACCCUGAGGCCCUGGAGCCCAGCCUAUCGGUGAACGGCAGCGAUGGCAUGUUCAAGUAUGAGGAGAUAGUACUUGAGCGGGGCAACUCUGGCCUGGGCUUCAGUAUUGCAGGUGGCAUUGACAACCCUCACGUCCCUGAUGACCCUGGCAUCUUUAUUACCAAGAUCAUCCCUGGUGGAGCUGCUGCCAUGGAUGGGAGGCUGGGGGUGAAUGACUGUGUGCUGCGGGUGAAUGAGGUGGACGUGUCGGAGGUGGUACACAGUCGGGCCGUGGAGGCACUGAAGGAGGCAGGCCCUGUUGUGCGGUUGGUGGUGAGGAGACGACAACCCCCACCGGAGACUAUCAUGGAGGUCAACUUGCUCAAAGGGCCAAAAGGCCUGGGUUUCAGCAUCGCUGGGGGCAUUGGCAACCAGCACAUUCCAGGAGACAACAGCAUCUAUAUCACCAAGAUCAUUGAGGGAGGAGCUGCUCAGAAGGAUGGACGCCUACAGAUUGGGGACCGACUGCUUGCGGUGAACAACACCAAUCUGCAGGAUGUGAGACAUGAAGAAGCUGUGGCUUCACUGAAGAACACAUCAGAUAUGGUCUAUCUGAAGGUGGCCAAGCCAGGCAGCCUCCACCUUAACGACAUGUAUGCUCCCCCCGACUACGCCAGCACUUUCACUGCCUUGGCUGACAACCACAUAAGCCAUAAUUCCAGUCUGGGUUAUCUCGGGGCAGUGGAGAGCAAGGUCAGCUACCCUGCUCCUCCUCAGGUGCCCCCCGCCCGCUACUCUCCCAUUCCCAGGCACAUGCUGGCAGAGGAAGACUUUACCAGAGAGCCCCGCAAGAUCAUCCUACACAAAGGCUCCACAGGCUUGGGCUUCAACAUCGUAGGAGGAGAGGAUGGAGAAGGCAUUUUUGUCUCCUUCAUCCUGGCAGGAGGCCCAGCCGACCUGAGUGGGGAGUUGCGAAGAGGAGACCGGAUCUUAUCGGUAAAUGGAGUGAACCUGAGGAAUGCUACUCAUGAGCAGGCUGCAGCUGCUCUGAAACGGGCUGGCCAAUCAGUCACUAUUGUGGCCCAGUACAGACCUGAAGAAUAUAGUCGCUUUGAAUCCAAGAUACAUGACUUGAGAGAACAGAUGAUGAACAGCAGCAUGAGUUCUGGGUCUGGGUCCCUCCGAACCAGUGAGAAGAGGUCCUUGUAUGUCAGGGCCCUGUUUGAUUAUGACCGGACUCGGGACAGCUGCCUGCCAAGCCAGGGACUUAGCUUCUCUUAUGGUGACAUUUUGCAUGUCAUCAAUGCCUCUGAUGAUGAAUGGUGGCAGGCAAGGUUGGUGACCCCACAUGGAGAGAGCGAACAGAUUGGCGUGAUCCCUAGUAAAAAGAGAGUGGAAAAGAAAGAACGGGCCCGACUGAAAACUGUGAAGUUCCAUGCCAGAACAGGCAUGAUUGAGUCUAACAGGUCGAUCAAAACGAAACGUAAAAAGAGUUUCCGCCUCUCUCGAAAGUUUCCAUUUUACAAGAGCAAAGAAAACAUGACCCAGGAGAGCAGCAUACAGGAACAGGGAGUGACAUCCAACACCAGUGACAGCGAAAGCAGUUCCAAAGGACAAGAGGAUGCUAUUUUGUCAUAUGAGCCAGUGACGCGGCAAGAAAUUCACUAUGCGAGGCCUGUGAUCAUCUUGGGCCCAAUGAAGGACCGAGUCAACGAUGAUCUGAUCUCUGAGUUCCCACAUAAAUUUGGAUCCUGUGUGCCACAUACUACCCGGCCUCGGCGUGAUAAUGAGGUGGAUGGACAGGAUUACCACUUUGUGGUUUCCCGGGAACAGAUGGAGAAGGAUAUUCAGGACAACAAGUUCAUAGAGGCAGGCCAGUUCAACGAUAAUCUCUAUGGGACCAGCAUCCAGUCAGUGCGGGCAGUUGCAGAGAGGGGCAAGCACUGCAUCUUAGAUGUUUCCGGCAAUGCUAUCAAGAGACUGCAGCAAGCACAACUUUACCCCAUUGCCAUUUUCAUUAAGCCCAAGUCCAUUGAAGCACUAAUGGAAAUGAACCGACGGCAGACAUAUGAACAAGCAAAUAAGAUCUAUGACAAAGCCAUGAAGCUGGAGCAAGAGUUUGGAGAGUACUUUACAGCCAUUGUACAGGGUGACUCACUGGAAGAGAUUUAUAACAAAAUCAAACAAAUCAUUGAGGACCAGUCUGGGCACUACAUUUGGGUCCCAUCCCCUGAAAAACUCUGAAGAAUCCCCUCCAACCAUUCUCUUGUGAACAGAAGAAAUCAAGUCCCUCUUCCUUCCUCCCUCUUCAUUCCUGUCCCCAUGGGGAGAACAAAUGAGUACUGUUCUUGUCCCCCUUUUUAGAUAUGUCAAAAAUUGAGUUUUCUAGUCCUGUUCUUUUUUUAAAAUUUUUGUUUUGUUUUGGGUUUUUUUUUUUUUUUUGAUGAUGCCAUCUCACUCAUCAUGUGACUGUGCCCAUUCCUGCAUGGACCUUUCCCAAGCGCUAGCACAGGUGCAAAUCCAUCAGAGUUGUUGUUUUCAUAAACACCCAGCAGAAGCGAAGAGAAGAGAGGAGGACUGAUGGAAAGACUCUGGACAGCUGCACGGCUUGUGAAGUGAGCGAAACAGCCCACGUGAUAAGGUGCUCCUGGGCAUUUCUACCCUGUGCUGCUGAUUUGCAGCUCUGAACAGUGCAACAUAAUGGCGACAGAAAGUAUCUUAUUUAUAUAUAGAUCUAUAUAUGUAAUU